CAAGACAGAGAGAGUAGAGACUAAUAAAGAGACGAUGGAAGCUCUGAACUCAGCUCUAAGGUCGGCCGACAUUUCCGAUGAUAAACAAACGGAAAACGACGUCGUUCCAGUGAUUUCCUUCAGCGACGCCGUCAACGACGUCACCCUCCACUUUCAGAUCAUUCGUCUUCCCAGGCAGAUAUAUGCUUGGAUUGGUUGCAACUCUGCGAAAUUUGGCCAUUUGUACGCAGCAGCGCCUACUCAACCCAGGAAUAAUGGAGCAAGUGUGAGUUGUGUUCUUGGUGGGGCAUCUGAUAAUACUGCAUCAGGCAUUGCUCGACGAUUAGUGUUAAAGAGUGGUCUCCAUGUAAUUCUGGCUUCCAAUAUCCCCAAGAACUCUCCUUUGCUUGAGGCAGAGGCUGAGAAGAUGUUGGUGCAGAAGCUAAUCAGCCUCGGUUAUACAAGGCCAAGAUCGGAGGCCUCAUCAUCAUCAGAUAUUGUUCCAACCUCGUACCGAGCAUUUGACGCAAUUGGUGUGGAUUCUAUUACCAUGGCCGCCGCUCCAGUCUUCAACGAUCCAAAUGGCGUUUUGAGGUCAAUCUCAAAUGUACCACCGGCUCAUUAUACCAUCAAACUACAGUCGUUUUCUUUGUUAAUGAAGAAUUCAAUAGAUAGAUACGCGUCGAAUCAAUUUGAAGCCGGAGGCUACAAAUGGAACUUGGUUAUCUAUCCAAAUGGAAACAAAUGCAGGAAUGUGAGAGAAUAUAUCUCUCUCUACUUGGCAAUGGCCGAAGCGGAUUCCCUCCAAACCGGUUGGGAAGUUUAUGCCGUUUUCAGGUUGUUUAUACUCAAUCAGAACAAUGAUAACUACAUGGUUCUUCAGGAUGUUGAGGGAAAGGAAAGACGCUUUCACAGAAUGAAGCUUGAAUGGGGCUUUGAUCAAUUCAUCUCUCUUAAAGUUCUGAAUGACUCUGCUAAUGGGUUUCUUGUGGAUGACACUUGUGUUCUUGGAGCAGAAGUGUUUGUUUGCAAAGAAAGAAGCACUUGUAAAGGAGAAUGUCUACAGAUGAUAAAGGAUCCCAUCACAUACAAGCACAGUUUUUGGGUUUACUUUUCCAAAUUAGACGUAGUAUGCCACGAAUCGAAAGAAUUCAACGCAGCAGAUCUGAAAUGGAAGAUAAGGCUGUAUCAGAAGGGAAAAGGAGAUGGCUUGGGUACUCAUCUAUCACUCUAUUUGGCUUUGGUUGAUUCAACCGACCUUCCUCCAGGCAGCAAAAUAUACGCCGAUUUCACAUUGCGCAUUCUAAGUCAAAUCAAUACCAACAACAAUUUUAAUUAUAAAGCCAGUCUCUGGUUCAGUACCCGAAAUGAGGAAUAUGGCCGGUCAAGAUAUAUCACAAAUGCCUACUUCAGGGAACCCUACUUGGGUUACUUGGUUGGGGACUUUUCCCUUUUCGAGGCUGAAGUCACUGUCCAUGGAGUUGUCAAACCGCUGUAACGAAGCAACGUAUGUAUUACAAUGUCAUAAAAAGCGGUAUUUCUCAGUAUCAACAGUUCGGUUGUUUGAUGUAAUCAGUUUCUUCUGUUAAACAAACUUCGCAGUGUUAGCACAACAUCCAUGAAUUUAUUUAUGCGCAAGAAUAAAUCCUCAAGGGCUCGUAAUUUCCACUAUUGAUGUUGCUUCGAUGUUGCUUC